AUGUCUGAAUUCUUCGUCAGAAAUCAAAAUCUACAGAAACUUUUGCUUAUCAGUAAGUUGACGUGCAUGCUCCAGUGUGAAAAGAAAAUGCUUGUGAUCAAGAAGAUGAUGAUGAUGAUCACCGGGUUGAAGAAGAAUAAGAAGAAGAAGAAAAAUAGAAACCGGAGAAAGACAUCUGACGCAUCUGACGGCUGCGUCUGCUGGCAGCAGCCGUCCCGAAGAGAAGAAGAAGAGGACAUUCGAAGGGGCACCGAGCCCACCGCCAUCAUCACAAACAGCGCACACACAAGAAGCAGCACACACAUACUGACACACAACGACCGCCGAUAG